AGCUGGGUCUUUAUGCCCACAGAGCUGACUAUCAUUUCCACUUGAUUACAGCUAAAAUAGUCUUUAAGAUGAAGUUUCCUGAAAUGAUUUAAAAUAAACACAGAUGGGAAGAGGGGGGGAGAAAGCUGUAAGGAGGCACUUAAAAGAUAAACACCUGAAGAUCCUUUCACAAUGCCAGAGGAACGUUCCCCCCGGCUGACCCCACAGAACGUUCCCUACCAGGACCUCCCUCACCUGGUCAACGCUGACGGACAGUACCUCUUCUGCCGGUACUGGAAACCCUCGGGCGCGCCCAGGGCACUGGCGUUCGUGUCCCACGGAGCCGGCGAGCACUGCGGCCGUUAUGACGAGCUGGCGCAGAUGCUGGUGGGGCUGGGCCUGCUGGUCUUCGCCCACGACCACGUUGGCCACGGGCAGAGCGAGGGUGAGAGGAUGGUGGUGUCCGACUUCCACGUCUUCGUCAGGGACGUGCUACAGCACGUGGACGCCAUGCAGAAGGACCAUCCGGGGCUGCCCGUCUUCCUUCUGGGCCACUCCAUGGGUGGCGCGAUCUCCAUCCUCACGGCCGCAGAGAGGCCGGGCCACUUCUCCGGCAUGGUCCUCAUCUCCCCGCUGGUCGUCGCCAAUCCAGACUCGGCAACGCUUUUCAAGGAGCCUCCAAAAAGCUUGGAAGAAGUGUUGCAGUUGACAGUAAGAAACAUUGUGUCCCGGAUUCCAGCUUCUCUGUGGGUCUUCGCUGCUAAAGUUCUCAACCUUGUCCUGCCGAACAUGUCCCUGGGCCGGAUCGACUCCAGCGUGCUCUCAAGGAAUAAGACGGAGGUGGACAUCUACAACGCGGACCCCCUGGUCUGCCGGGCAGGGCUCAAAGUCUGCUUCGGCGUCCAACUGCUCAACGCGGUGUCGCGGGUGGAGCGGGCACUGCCCAAGCUGACGCUGCCUUUCCUGCUGCUGCAGGGCUCCGCUGACCGCCUCUGCGACAGCAGGGGCGCCUACCUGCUCAUGGAGUCGGCCAAAAGCCAGGACAAGACGCUCAAGAUUUACGAAGGUGCCUACCACAUCCUCCACAAAGAGCUUCCCGAGGUGACCAGCUCCGUCUUCCGGGAGAUAAACACGUGGGUCUCGCAAAGGACAGCGGUGGCAGGAAUGGGGUGCCCACCCUGAGCCCCCUGGCCGGCUGCGGGGCCCACGUCGGGAAGCAGGCAGAGGAAGGGCAGGGGCUGGCUUCUCAGACGUGGCUAACACACGCACGCGCGCGCACACACACACACACACACAUACACACACCCCACAGACUGGAGGAAUCCCUAGCACAACUGACUCAGACAGUCUUGUCGUCAAGUCAGGCUGUCCACCGCUGGAUCUGCCUUAAACGGUGGACACUUUAUGCAAAAACUUGAGGUCACGGCACUUUCCAGAGAACAUGCUGGAAGGCCUGAGGCCACAGGGAGCCUUGCCCCGCCUCUCCCACCCUGCAGGAUCCCAGGACCAUCCCCUCCACCCCAGCAAUAACUGGAGGGCGCCCUCCCACCGCCCUGCCUGUGCCCCUCUGGCCGUGGGGCGCGGGGCGGCGUCCACUGCCCAGGGCUGA